UUAAUUCAGUCAAAAAUGAUUGGUGCUUGGUUUCAGUUAUUCCUGCUGGGCACUCUGUGCUCUGGCAUUUUUCCAGCACCCUUUAAUACCCAUUAUGAGGAAACAGAUCCAGAGCUGACGGCAGGAUACUUCCAGGGUGAUAUGGAUGUGGACUACGCCCGGAAUGGACAGCUGUCCGAGACACGACGCUGGCCAAAAGCCACAGUUCCGUAUAGGAUAUCUGAGGAGUUUGAUGCUCCUCAUGUGGAAUACAUAAAGCUUGGCAUGGAAUUCAUCGAGUAUUCGUCUUGUAUUCGAUUUGUGCCUGCCGAUGAAGAUGAGGAAAACUAUCUUUUUGUGCUUCCGUCCACUUCAGGAUGCAGCUCCAAAGUGGGCUAUCAGCCAGGAGAAAGAACCGUCAAACUAAAGCCUGGCGCAUUGGACACAGGUUGCUUCAAGCUGGGAACCAUCCAACACGAACUGCUUCACACUUUGGGAUUCCACCAUCAGCAGUGCUCUCCGAACCGAGAUGAGUUCGUAAAGAUCGUGGAGGAGAACAUUUCCGAGGGUCACGAGAAGAACUUUGUCAAGUACGAAGAGGACGAGGUGGGGGACUUCGAUCAGCCCUAUGACUACGGAAGCAUUCUACACUACAGCUCCUUGGCAUUUUCCAUAAAUGGUGAAGCGACAAUUGUGGCCCUGAAUCCAGAGGGUCAGGAGCAAAUGGGCCAGCGCUUGAUGAUGAGUGAUACCGAUGUCAAACGACUCAAUACCAUGUACAAGUGUCCGAUUCAAUUGUAAAAAUACCAAUAAACUUCAAGGUCAAAAAGGCCUAUCAAUUUUAUAAA